AUGCCUACUUGGAACCAAAUUCAAUCCCAACUUCGUAAUCCGAACAAUCCUGUGGUAUUUUUUGAUAUAACCGUUGGAACAACUGAAAUAGGCAGAAUGAUUUUUGAGCUAUUUGCUGAUGUUGUGCCAAAGACGAGUGAAAAUUUUAGAGAGUUUUGUACAGGAGAAUAUAGGAGGGAUGGAGUUCCACUAGGUUUCAAAGGUGCAACGUUUCAUAGAGUUAUUAAAGACUUCAUGAUACAAGGUGGUGAUUUUGUCAAUGGUGAUGGAACUGGUGUUAUGAGUAUAUAUGGAGGCAGUACAUUUGCAGAUGAAAAUUUUGCAUUAAAACAUGAUUCACCAGGCUUGCUUUCUAUGGCAAACAGUGGAAAAGACACAAAUGGAUGUCAGUUUUUCAUAACUUGUGCUAAAUGUAAUUUUCUUGAUAAUAAGCAUGUUGUGUUUGGAAGAGUAAUAGAUGGACUUUUAGUCAUGAGAAAAAUAGAAAAUGUGCCCACUGGUCCAAAUAAUAAACCAAAAAUACCUGUUACAAUAUCACAGUGUGGACAAAUGUAA